AAUGGCCGUUGGUCCAGGUGACGGCGGGCGGCGGCGAGUGCGCAGGCGCAGCCGACUCCUCCGCCGCUGAUAACUCGCCUCCGCGGUGCCGCCGGCGACGCCUGAGGAAGAUGGAGGAGGAAGGAAAGUUGAGGUUUUUCCAAAUGAGUUGCUCUGAGUGUUGGUGAAAAUAUUGAACAUAGUGACUUGAGCUAGGAAUCUUAAAUGAGGUAUAUCUUCCACAUCCUUGUAAAGUUUUGAAACCUUUGCCACAAUGCAUUUAAUACUGGUAUUCUUCUUUUAUGGAAUAAUUUGUUGCUCUGGUAGUCAUUCUGCUUAUGCACCAAUGCCCAGAUUACUACUGGUUUCUUUUGAUGGCUUCAGGGCGGAUUAUCUGAAGAAAUAUGAAUUUCCACAUCUCCAGGAUUUUGUUAAGGAUGGCGUGUUAGUGGAAGACGUUACCAAUGCUUUCAUCACAAAAACCUUCCCAAAUCAUUACAGUAUAGUCACAGGGCUGUAUGAGGAAAGCCAUGGUAUUGUGGCAAAUGAAAUGUUUGAUGCUGCUACCAAAAAAACAUUUUCACAAUUCAAUGACAAAGACCCAUUUUGGUGGAAUGAGGCAGUUCCUAUUUGGGUGACCAACCAGCUGCAGGGAAACAGAACGAGUGCUUCUGCAAUGUGGCCUGGCACAGAUGUAAAAAUUCAGAAUACUACCCCUCAUUUUUUUAUGAAGUAUGAUUCUGCAAUAGGUUUCAAUGAACGGGUGGAAAACAUCAUUGCUUGGCUGAACAGUUCUAACCCCCUAGUCAGUUUUGCUACUCUUUAUUGGGAAGAACCAGAUGCAAGUGGGCACAAGUAUGGGCCAGAAGAUACGAAAAACAUGAUUGGAGUAUUAAAAGAAGUGGAUAAUUUGAUUGGCUUGCUUGUUGAGAAGCUAAAGGAUUCCAAAUUGUGGGAGGAAAUUAAUGUUAUAAUUACAAGUGAUCAUGGCAUGGCACAGUGUUCCCCGGACAGGCUGAUCAAACUGGAUGAGUGCAUUGACCGUAAUAGCUACACUCUAGUAGACAAGAGCCCAGUUGCUGCAAUACUGCCAAAAAAUGAAACAUAUGUAUAUAACUUAAUGAAAAAUUGCAGCACUCACAUGAAGAUUUAUCUUAAAGAAGAGAUUCCAGACCAUUACCACUACCACCACAAUAAGCGCAUUCAGCCCAUAAUUUUGGUUGCUGAUGAAGGCUGGACAAUUGUACAGAAUGAGUCUCUUUCAAGGUUAGGAGACCAUGGCUAUGAUAACUCCCUUCCAAGUAUGCAUCCAUUUUUGGCAGCUCAUGGGCCUGCUUUUCGCAAAGGUUACAGGCAAAAUAGCAUUUAUACAGUUGAUAUUUAUCCAAUGAUGUGCCACAUCCUGGGCUUGAUGCCUGAGCCCAAUAAUGGCACCUUGAGCCACGCCAAGUGCUUAUUAGCAGACCAAUGGUGUAUCAAUGUCCCUGAGGCCAUUGGAAUAGUCAUUGGUGUCUUCAUUGUGUUAACGACACUUACGUGCCUUAUAAUAAUCAUGAAGAGCAGAACGGCUUCUGCACAUCCAUUUUCCCGACUUCAGCUUCAGGAAGACGACGACGAUCCCUUAAUUGGAUAAUAUACACUGAUUUGUUUUGAAAACUGGAUAUGAUACUAAACUUACACUGGAUAACAUCUUAUGAUGCACUUUAA